ACGUUAUUGACAUUAUAUUGUUGUAAACAUUUUGUUUAGUCAAUAUUUGAUGCAAAAUCUUUACUUACACCCCUCGGGAAGCGUGUGCAGACUUGCGCGCUCUUCGGAUCAAUACACCACAACAGUCCGAAAUAAGCAGCUGACAGAGAAUGUGGUCCAAAUCCUUAAGAAAGGUUUUCCCACAAACUGGAGGCAGAGCAUGUCUAUCAACGUCACUACCAGGAGAGCCCUGCGGGCCCUGCGUGAGAACUUCCGUGCCUGGCCCCAAAUCCAAAGACCUUCUACACGAUUUGAAUCAAAUUCAGCAAGCCGGUUCUACGUCAGUAUUCGUAAACUAUGACAAAUCCAUUGGGAAUUAUUUGGUAGAUGUUGAUGGGAAUACCUUUUUGGAUACCUAUAUGCAGAUCUCCACCAUACCUUUAGGUUAUAACCAUCCAGAGUUAUUAAAAGCUUUUUGCAACGAACAUGACCUGAAAUGCCUAAUUAACCGACCGGCCUUAGGAGUGUUCCCUGGGGAAGAUUGGCCUAAAAGAAUGAGCCGCAUAUGCGAUAUGAUAGCCCCAUGUGGUAUGCCCCAUUUGAACACCAUGAUGUGCGGCGCGUGCGCCAACGAAAACGCGUUUAAGCACGCAUUUAUGGCUUUUCGAAGAAAAGAGAGAGGUCACGAUAAUUUCUCCAAAGAAGAGCAAGAGUCUUGCAUUUAUAAUACACCACCUGGUUCACCCAAGUUGGCCAUAAUGUCCUUUCUUUACGGUUUCCACGGUAGGACUCUGGGCACUUUAUCCACCACCAGGUCCAAGUUUAUCCAGAAAAUUGAUAUUCCGGCGUUCGAUUGGCCCAUGGCGAACUUCCCGAACUACCGAUACCCCUUGGAGGAGAACGUCGAGUGCAAUAAGAAGGAAGACGAGAAAUGUUUGGCGAGGGUGGAGGAGUUGUUCGAUAGUUGGUGCAAGAAAGGGAUGCCAGUGGCAGGGGUGAUAGUAGAACCAAUCCAGUCAGAAGGAGGCGACAACCACGCCUCCCCGGAAUUCUUCAAAAAACUCCAAGUGAUUUGCAAGAACAAUAAUGCGGCAUUAAUCAUGGACGAGGUACAAACCGGGGGUGGACCAACAGGGAAGUUUUGGUGCCACGAGUAUUUCGACUUACCCUGCCCCCCGGACAUUGUGACCUUUAGCAAGAAACUGCAGCUCGGUGGUUACUUUUACACUGGCGAAAUGGCAGUGCGUCAACCGUUUAGAACUUUCAACACCUGGAUGGGAGAUCCUGGAAAGGUGAUUUUGCUGGAGAAGGUGCUGGAGGUGAUCGUGCGGGAUGACCUUUUGGAGCACGUAAGGCAAACGGGGGAGUAUGUGUUGAAGCACCUGAAGGAUUUGGAAACUGAGUUUUGUCCGUUGUUUCAUUCGUCCAGGGGCAGGGGCACUUUUAUUGCUUUUACCGCUCAAACUACGGAGAAGAGGGAUGAAAUGAUUAUGUUGUUAAAGGAAAAAGGUGUUAUUUGUGGUGGUGCGCAUGAUCUGGUGGUACGUCUGAGACCAUCUCUGCUGUUUUCGAGAGAGCACGGAGAUAUUUUCUUAGGUGCUCUACGUGAGGUUGCGAGAGAGAUGACGGCUAAGUGAAUGUUUCCGAGUAUUAUUUUUUUAAUUUCCAUAGAAAAUCGAUAAUUAUUUUUUUUUUAUUAAUGUGCUGCCUGUCUGAAUCUUGUCUUCCAUUAGUUUUAAGCCCAAAAAUAAACGUGAUUCUGAGAAAAUACAGGAUGGAGAAUAAAAACAAGUUUUACGUCUG